AGGUAUACUACAGUAUAUAAUAUUUUUAUGUCGUCAACCUUGGAUUUCUUUUAAUUCUAGUUAGUGCGAACAUUCAAUGUUUUCUUUGGCUGAAAAAAAAAGCAUAAACCUCAAUAAAAGAACAUGCUUGAUUGUUAUGUUAAUCGAUCGCGUCAGAACGUCAUCUAGGUGUCAAAAAUUGGGUUGUGCAAAGACGAGAAGACAAUCAGUGAUGCAUCAAUGGCUAUCACGAGAAAGAGGCCAAUGAAUAAAUACCACUCGCCAAAUUCUGUCGUGACGGCUUCUAGAAAAGAAAAUUUCAGAUGUAAAGACUGCCAAAAAUCGUUUUUAUAUAGAUCAAAUCUUCUGUGUCACAGAAAACUUCACGUUAUAAGACGUAUCAACAGUGGUCAUCAAUUGAGUGAUUCCUUCCGACAUAAAAAAAACAGUGAUUCUGACAACCAAGAAAUAACAUCUUCAAACUUUACUAAAAGGACUGUAUGGCGCAGUUUCUCUUACUCAAAUCCAGACACACAAAAAACGACUAAUUCAAUACUUUUUAAUAACGCUUUAAACGAAGAAAGAACAAGGUUAUUCCAUUCAAACGAACCUAAAAUGUUAUCCUUUCACCUCAAUGAAAUUGGUAAGUGUUUCGAAAGGGAUAAAGUUCUUAAUGAUCUUAAACCACAAGAACCAAAUAAUGACACUGGUGUGGUUUCUUCUUUCUCUUACACCUCUGCAAACGCUAAAUGUUUACAGGUUACAGAAUUAUUUAGGAACCCCACAGUUCAACACCAAAAAACACCAGGUGCGUCGAAAUAUGAUGUAUUCUCUUUAAGUGAUAUCAGAUCCUUUACUAACUCCAAACUCCAAAAACCGACUUUUAAAACUGGAACAACAAGUAUGGCAAACUACGACAGUUCUUCACUUUAUUCUGGAGACAUUGAUCGUUCGAAAAGUGGUACAUUUUCUAAAACCCCAGAAUCCCAGGUAAAACCAAGGUGUUCAAAGACAUCUUACAUUCAAACACCUUCUUUUCCUCGGAUUUCUGAAGAUAUCGUGACUUUCGGGAAUAAAAAAACACUUUGCGAAUCUGUUAUUCAAGAGCUCGAAGAAACAGGUUAUAAAACCGUUUUCCAUCGUACAUUGCGCAGUAACUGGUCGAAACUGGUAACAAACAAGAUUUCUACUCUUGUAUUCUCCAAGACAUUGAAAGGUCACCAAUGUUCCUUAUCAUGUUUACAUCGUCAGUCGUAAAGUUUCUAAAAAUCUGUAAAAUCUUUCUUGUUAGUUACUUUUUUAGGUUUAAUUUUCAUCUCUUUAUAAUUAACAGAAAUCAAAACCAACAGUCUCUUGAAAAUGGUUUUAUACAAUAAUAACACCACAACUCUCUGAAGACUUUAUAUUUAGUCUCAAUUUAUUAAGUGUCCAUAAUAAUUUUUCUCCAACUUAGAAUUCAAGGUUUUACGCAGUGUAAAUAAAAAUAAGAUUAUUGGAAUAGUAAGAUACUAAAAUAUAAAUAACUAGCUCAACCAGAUUGUUUAUUUCACAAUAUCCCAAGAUGAAUAUUUAUGAAUCUUCCACUGUUGGCGGGUGUGGCUUUACCACAUAACACUACCUGAAGAUACUGUGUUUAUAUAUAUAGACUUAACAACAUUUUUGAAACAAUGUAUUCUGUAGAUAUGAAGGCGUUAAAUUGAUUUUUUACUAAUGACUUGAGGGUUCAUGGAUCACGUCCCGUUGCUGCAAAAUCGCACUCCACACAUUUGAGCCGACGGUGUGUUAUAAGAAUGAUGGUCAAAUCCCACUAUUUGAUUUAGCAGCUAGGAGUUUGGCUACAUGUGAUACCGAAUAGAUAAAUACCUUCCCUCUAGCCUAUAAUUAGGGAGAGUUAGCGCGGAUAACCCUUGUGAAGCUUUGCGCAAAUAUCCGAAACAAAGAAAACAAAAAUAUCUGUAACUUUAUUAAAUAUUGUAACAUUAGGUGUGAAAUAAUACAAGAUGAAUAACUUGAACAAGUACGAUUAAAUUGUUUAUUUUAUACAUUAUUUUUUCUUUCGAUUUUAUAUGCGGUCUGACCAACUGUGCAAAUAUUGUUUAUUGUUAUGUAAAUUCUGUCAUCUGUAUUAAUAAAUAGCUUACAUUGUACUUCACCCAUAUAUAUAU